GGUUAUAAAUACAUUAGCUGCACUAAGCCGGGUGUAACGCACAAGGACAGGACAGGCUUGAACCACGUGAUAUUACCACAGUCAACGGGGACGCCACUGACCUGAACUGAAACUGUCUAUGUUGCAGUGAAACAUUGGUGAUCUGCCAAAUGACAUGUCAACGCUGAAACAUGUGGAUUUAUGGAUCAAUUGUGUUUUUAUGCUGUCUGACUGUUCAAGGUGAAGAGGAAUGUGAGCCUGGACAAUAUGGGGAUGGUUGUAGUAAAAGUUGUUCUCGAAACUGUAAACCUCUUCCAAAUGGCAUAGUGCGCUGUCACAAAGAAACUGGAGAAUGCUUCGAAGGAUGCGAAGCGGGUGUGUACGGUGACCAGUGUGAUGAACCGUGCAGCAAACAUUGCCUAGGAAACACCUGCAAUAUGCACAAUGGACACUGUGCUCUGGGCUGUAUAGAAAAUCACAUCGGCGUCUUCUGUGAGAUUUACAAUGGGAUUACCAUCGUUCAUCAAGGUACUACCUCUAGCAGUCAUACAACCGUUACCACAGGUGUGGUACCGACAAGCAGUUCCCAGGUCGUCAUUCCAGUUGUUGUAGCAAUACUUGUCCUUAUCCUUGUGGGCGUAGUGGUUAUCUUCAUAUGGCACAGAAAGAAGAAGAAGAAGAAGAAGAAGAAGAAGGAGGAAAGUCAACGUGACCCCGACGUUGAGGUGGGAUUUCUCCCAGCACCUGUCUCGGAAACACAGAUAGAGAGCGGGAGGCGAGAGACGCUGCGGGGAUCCAGCCAGGACGAUAGUGCCUUGAGCGAAAGGAUAGCACUGAUACCUGGGUCUUCACAGAUGUCUGAUGUACACGCCACGAGCGGAGAGGGAGACACGCCGAUGCCUGGGACCCCCUCAAGACCUGACACACGAGCAACACCGACACCCGCACGGAGAGACGCCCGGGCAGACGACGACCUCCAUGUCGCCUGCAGGGAGGGGAACCUGGCGGAGGUGAAGCGGAUCCUGGACACAGGUCGGGCUGACGUCAACUGUAGAAGUGUGGACGGGAUGACACCGGUGAUGUGGGCAGCACUGGGGGGACACAGGGAUGUUGUGGAGCUCCUUGUGAGUCGAGGUGCUGAUGUGUCACUGGUGGACGAUAACGGUGACAACAUCCUUCACUGCGCCUGUAUGGUAGGAGACAGGAAGACAGUGGAGUUUGUCCUGUCUCUGGACGUGGUGGACAUCAACAGUAGAGGAUGGAGGAGCAACACACCGGUGAUGGAGGCAGCAGAGGGGGGACACAGGGAUGUUGUGGAGCUCCUUGUGAGUCGAGGUGCUGAUGUGUCACUGGUGGACGAUGACGGUAACAACAUCCUUCACUGCGCCUGUAUGGUAGGAGACAGGAAGACAGUGGAGUUUGUCCUGUCUCAGGACGGGGUGGACAUCAACGUCAGGAACAACGACGGGGAGACAGCGGCCGACGUGGCGAGAGACCGGGGACAUCAUCAACUGUGGGAUUUCCUGGUGUCACAUGGUACACACACAGUGAAGUGAAUGUAGUGUUGAUGUAGACAGUGAUGGAGGACAUGUCAUUACUGACACUGAAGUUGUGCAUGCCGUUCAUGUCGUCGCGCUGUUUAUAAUUCAGUAUGAAGGUGAGAAUAUUUGUUGUGUUUGAGGAGAAAUAAAACUUGUUGAGAACAUU